CUGGCGGAUGCCCUGCGAGAGGAUGAAGCUACGAACGUACAGUUGGAGGUCCAGGAGACCACGGCUGCCGCUAACGUGGUGCCGGAGGAUGAUUAUCCUGAUUUGGUGAUUGAUAACGAAAUGGCCAUUCGUGUGAACGAGACGGUUGAAGAUAUUACACACGCGGCGGAACAGUUGGUUUGUGAAGUGCUGGAAAAAGCGGAAGAACUGGCCAAGCAGCAAGAAGAAGGCGAACAGCAAUAUCCCGAGCUACCGGCUUAUGAUCCGGCCACCCAGAAGCUGGUCGAUGGCAUCGUAAUUGAACGUUUCGAUCCGGAGGUAACGAAGGAUGCGGAAAUUGCCGCCACUUCUUCUGCUGCAUCCGCUGAGCUUGGGCUGGAUGUGGCUGACCAAGCGAGCCAGUUCGUUCCGGAAGAUGAUGGCCCUGACGUUGAUUCUAUCAGCGAGGACACGUCGCUCAGUGUAGCGUCCGUAAUCGAGCAGCAACCGUUGGUGAAGGAGGGAACGGAAGAGGUGACCACCCUACCGGAAGCCUUGAUCACGACCGAGUUGUUGGUCGAUCGGACGUCUAGUGAGCCGGUCAUUGUGGAUGGUAGCGAUCAGCCGACGGUGGAGACGGAGAACGUUCUGGAGCCCGAGCACACAGCGGGACCGUCGGAACCCGUUCAGCGGAACCCAGAAUCUUCAAACCGAAAGAGUGUCUCGAUCGAGGAAGUGCACGAUGAUGCUCCGAUUGCCGAUCACACCGAAGGCAAGGUAAUCGAAGAGCACAUCAUACCGAUUAGCAUCGCGAAGGAAGAAAGUGCUGCUGGUGCUAUGACCAUCACGGAAGUGUCCGCUGAUGAGCCGUUUGUUGAAUCACCGCACGACUCGAAAACUGCUAGCACGCUCUCCAGUCCACUGGUAACCGCUGUCCCGGUGAUGGAUGUGAUCGAUGAACAGCAGGAGCAGGCCUCCGAGCAUCAGGAUAAUCAGGACACUGGCGCCGUUUCGGUAGACGCGCUCGAGCAUGUGACGAAGGAGGCUCUGGUAGAGCGUACGCUUAAUGAGGCCGCCGCCGUAGUGAAUGAAAUCGAAUCGAUCGUUGAUCAUAUCAUCACCGAGAAGCUCAUCCAAAGUGGAGGAGUGCCAGUGGAUGCAAACGCUGCCGAUACGCUACCCGGUGGCCCACCCCGAUUGGCCGCUUCUGCUGCGCUGGUAGUCGAAGCUAUCGAGUCCAAGUCAGCCGCCAGUGCCAGUGUGCCAAGCAUGAUGGUUUCCAGUAGCAUUAGUAAUCAGGCCACACUCAUCUCCACCACACCAUCCGACACCUUCGAGCCAGUCGCAGCGCCACCCAGCACUGUCAUCACUAACGGGCUUACUAAUCUGAAUGGUGGAACGAUUUGCGAUACUAAUCAACCUACGCCAGACGGUUCCCUAGCGUCCGAAUCAUCGACAUGCACAAUCACAGCUUCAUUGGACGCCUCAUUCCCUAUCCCCGUCAUCAAGUCACCGCAGGCAGCGAUCCCAGAGUCUGUGGAUUCCCCCGUACCCCAGCAUGCUAUCGCACCAGCCAGUACCAGUGAGACACAGAGUAUCCAUUUUGCCGCAGAUCCGCCAGCAAGCAAGAGCAUCGCCAUCACCGAGACCGGUGUCGCAGCUAAUGGAUCAACCGGGAGCUACGUCGUACCCGAGGAACGCGAGAUCGAGCGACACACGGCACCAGCACCAGCCACAGCAACCGCAGCAACCGCAACAACCGCGGCAACCGCAGCAACCGCGGCAUCGACUUCAAUUGGCCAAGUACCGACCAGUGUCAGCAACGUUACUAAUCCCAAAUUUUUCACUCUGAAUCUUGCUAACUAUAGCACUAGCAACAACAGUAGUGGUAACAAUAGCAAUCGCUCGUCCUUCUCGAUACCUAACCUCUCGCAGUCGCAGGUUGCUUUGCCGGUUGGUGGCGGUGACAGUGCCGACCAGCUGAUGGAGCUUGAACUGUUGCGCAAGAAAUUGGACGAAACGGAGCGUGCAAUGACUAAAAUUAUCGCCAAUAUGGGCAACAUCCCGAAGGGCCAGGAAACAAAUGUAACGACGGAGGAGGCGACUGCAGCUUCUUCGGAACAACAGGAACCAGCUACCGAGGAGCAGAAGGAGCAGGAAACUAUCAUGAAGGAUACCGAGGCGAAGAAGGAACAGUCACAGCCGGCACCGGCUACCAACGGUCACGCUAUCCAACCAGUCGACGAUGCAGUGACCGAGGCUGAAGUGAGCCCGGAGAUACGACAGUCCAAGGGUAAGCGCGAUCGCAGUACCGAGCGUGGAACGGUAAAGGUGAUGGCCAUGGAGGUGACGGCUCAGCGGGAAAAUGGCAAACGGCUUAGCCGACCUAUGACACCAUUGCUUCCGAUGGGACAUGCGGAAACGACAACCGCUGGUACAGCAGGAACCGAAGAGCAUGAGACACGUUCCAUCCUGCUCGAUGGACGGUUACCGCACGAUUCGAAGAUCCUGGUGGCCGAUGCUGAGACGGCAGUUGAAAAGCUGGAACCGGAAAAUUCCGAAGAAGAAGAGGAUGCACCGGUAAUUUUGAGCGGCAAAAUGACUCUUUCGUUGAUCAACAUGGAUUUCAUCGAAAAGGAUGCAACAGGAACGGUUGCGGUGGGAGAGAUUGUUACUGAGCUGCACAAACCACAGGAAGAAAUCACGACGGGUGCGGUUGCCGGUAAGGGUGGUGAUUAGAUUCGUCUGCCCGGAAAGGGGCCAAUCCGCCGUCAAGGAUGGUGGUGGCCUUUAGCAAAAGGCACCUCGCGCACCGUUGGGCAAGCGUUGGACCGUUUCGUUCGAGAAACUGAAGCCACGUUCAUAAAUACUGCGUAUAUUUUUCUAUUUACCGUGGAGGUACCGUGGUACAUAAUUCACACCUGUCCAACACUACACUUUAAUCCGCUGUACUACAACGGGACACGUGACCAGGAACCCCGCUCUGCAACGAACGACUCAGAUGGGGCACGCUUUGGGAGGAAGCGUGCGACCAAGAAGCAAUUUUUAACUUUUAAUCACUAGCUGACAAUGCUCAGACACAUUUCAUUCUGCCCAAACAAAAUCAAAGACCAACAAUUAUGCUCUGUAUGCUGUAAUCGGUAACGUUUCGGUGAUGCUGUAAUCUACCGCAACCGGUCGUUAUAUUUGUUUCACUUGCUUAAGACGUUGUCGGGCUCCCUUUAUACUGAAACGGCAAUCACACACCUCCUUUCGGCAAACUCGAGGCUCGAGUAGCUCGGCCCCGCUGGCUGGAAUCUAUUCUUAUUGCCCUACUUAUUUAUUUUUCCCUGUUUUUAGCGCAUAAUCUAAUGGAAACAUGAUUAUUGGAAGUAGUCCCUAUGGAGGAAAUAAUUUAAAAAAGGACAAGAAAUGAUUAAAUAAAGCAAUGAUGUUACCGGAAAGAGACAUUACUAGUUAUACGCCAAGGUAUGGGGCUAACGGAUGGUUAGUAAAGUGCGCCAAUCUGGUUGCGAGUGUAUGGCUUUAGAGAGAUACUGAUUCUAAUAAAGUCGUUUAUUAUAAAUCAUA